AUCCCACCUCAGAUUUCUACCUUACCCAAGUAUUAAACUCCAUCCAUCCUCUUUUUCUUCUCCAUUUUCGGUUCACAUAUACUCUGAAGACACACUAGGCAGUACUAAACUUCUUCAAUGGCUAGUGUCACCUCUGCUGCCGUUGCCAUCCCAUCGUUCACCGGACUUAAGGCUGCCUGUGCGACCACUUCAAGAGUUAGCAGCACCACCGCUAAGGUGGCUGCGUCUCCGGUCCCGAGGCUCGCCGUGAAGGCGUCACUGAAAGAAGUGGGUGCUGUUGUUGUUGCUACUGCAGCUAGUGCAAUGCUUGCCAGCAAUGCCAUGGCCCUGGAGGUCUUGCUCGGUGCUGAUGAUGGAUCUUUUCUUUUCAUUCCAGCCAACUUUUCAGUGGCUUCUGGAGAGAAGAUUGUGUUCAAGAACAACGCUGCUUUCCCUCACAAUGUUGUGUUCGACGAGGACAAAGUUCCGGCCGGCGUCGAUGCAGCGAAGAUCUCCAUGAGCGAGGAGGACCUCCUCAAUGGACCAGGAGAGACCUACUCGGUGACCUUGACCGAAAAAGGCACUUAUACUUUCUACUGUUCACCUCACGUGGGAGCAGGCAUGAAGGGCGAAGUGACAGUCAACUAACGUUGUUUGUAUGAUGAUUAAAAAAAAAAUAAAAAUCUGAAUGUUAGUCGUUUCAUUUUUCUAUUUGGUCCAGUUGUUUUUGAAUUUUGGAAGAGUUAAAUAUGGGUCUUACUGUUGGGAUUGGAAAAUAAAUCGUUUAUGAACUUUAUAAUUUCAUUUUUGUGUAACAUUGUUGUUAUACUUGGUAGUGAAAUAUGAAAAUGGAAUGCUCAU